AUGGCUACCCUCAGCGACGACGAUGUCGAGAAGCUCUUCUCCGGAGCCCCCCAGUACUUUGCUCGCUCCGAGGGCCAUUAUACCGGUGCCCCGCACCCCUCCGUCGCCUUUCCCUGGGAUGAGUCUCUGGAGAUCCGCGACUUGAACGAUCAUGUCCAGAUCGAAGACGCAGCCUGGAGCUGCAUCACGGCCUGGCCUCACAUCACAAGGGACAUGAACUCCAAUCCCGCCGCCAUCAGAUGCGCCAAGGAGAGAAAACGGGCCCACUUUAACCCGCGAUGUCGAGAACGGCCUAACAUGCUGAGUAUGCAAGGGUUGGAGAAGGGCACCAUGGGGUACCAGGCUGCUCUCGAGAUGCCCGUUGGCGAUGCGCUCCAAGAAGAACAGUUCGGCUUCGAUAGCCUCGGAUCCAAGGCCAACGCCAUCGUCGAGCAGCGCCAGAGGAUGCUGGCCUCCAAAGAUGGUCUACGCCGCCUUGAGGAGACGGCCAUCUUGGAUCAGCUCAUCAAGAACGCCGACAGGUACAAGGAGAACAAGGCCCACAGGAACAUCCACAACACAUUGUAUAACGAAUUGUUCCUGGGCAUCCUGCAUCCCCCAACCCGUGUCAUUGACCACCACGACCCAUAUAGUCUCUCUGUCCAGAUUCAGGCCCUUGUAAAGGUACUUGCCACGCCCAAUGUCUGGGUCGACUUCUCCCACGUCGAAUGGAGAAUCCGCUUGGGCCAGAUCCUGUGGGGCUCUUUCGAGGGCGACGAGCUCGAAACCGAGGUUGACAUCGAGGAUGCCGAGACCAACGAUGAGCGUAAGGAAGAGAGAUACUGGCUGCUGCUCCAGAUCCUCCUCGCAUGCGAGCUUCUCAUCAGACUCGAUGCCAUCACCGAGGGUGAAGAGCUUGGAAUCGAGAGCAUCAGACCAGCAGAGAUCAAGCGAUUUGAGAAAGAUGCGAAUGCGACGGUUAAGUGGUCGUUGCACCUUGCGCGCGCCUGGCUCGAAAACAUUGAAAUUAUCGAGAGAAAAGUCGAUCCAACGAGCACACACAAACGCAACUCGAGUGGAUGGCUCGCAUCCUUGACAGGGAAGAUGAGCCUGCAUCCCAACAGCAGCCACGCCCACUCGCACGGUGGUAUCUCCGUGUACACCAUCCAGGGACGGUAUUGCGAACGUCAGGUCAACGGUCUUACCAACUUCGCGAGAAAACUGCGUUGGCCUGAUAUCGAAUCGGACUCGUACGCCGAGCAGAUCUCGGACACGGUCAACAAGGUGUCCGAAGCGACGCCGAUUCACACGCCUGCGGAGACGCCAAUGAGUAUUGACACGAAGAGGUCGUCCUACUUCGGCGGCGGCAGGACCGAAGCGAAGGUCACUCGUCAUCCGUCCGGAAAGCACAAGAUUUCAGCAGCCCUGCACCCUUCGGGUUGGCUGUCAAAGUCUUACGUGUCAGGCUUGAUGCUACCCGGCGAAGGGCUGUAUCACUUGAUCAUGUCCACUCUCCUGGAGAACGACAAGGAAGCGAUGGCUAAACUGGGCCCAAUGGCCAACCUCUGCGGUGGUUUUGUAUACCGCGGAAAGAGUUUCUGGAGCACAGCGUGCAUUGUUGGCCGUGUUCUGGCCGCUGGUCAGGGUUCCGCGCAGUGCAUGGGAUGGAUCUCGAGCGACAUCACCCCCCAAGGCCAUGGGGACGGCUGGCUCAACAUCGACGUUGCCGAAGUAUCAGAGGACAUGAAGAAGACUGGCAAGCAGGCUAGGCUCUGGGGUAAGACGCACGUCGAGCGCGAGUCGUGUGUCUUAGGCGACGCGGACCCCAGCUCGGUGUUGCCCGCUGACUUUAUCAUCCCUUACGAAAACAACUAUUCCGAGCCGCCUCCUAGCCUGAGCAUCUCACUGCUGUCGCUCAACCUUUCCAAGCCCAUAGAUUCGGCCCAAUCUACUCCGACGGAGGAGACAGUGAUGACCCCGUUCUCUGACGCGACUAGAGCCCCUGAACUCUACACAUACCCGUCGUCCAUCUCGUUUUCUGUUGGCCCCCUUGGAGGCGAGGCAAAGGAGUACAGCUUCGCGCUGACCAAAGAUAUCCACUUCGUCACGGCUCAUCCGUGUCAUCCCUCGUCUCGUGUUAGGGUCUUGAGGUCGCCUUCCAGCCCUACCAUUCAGCAAAUUGAUGUAGACGGUAGCGGCGUCGGCGGUCAGAGCUCCAAGCCAGCCACCGUCACGGGACACCCCCUGCACAAGUUGUUCACGUAUACCGUCAUUCACCUUUCGGAGCUGCUCGAGAAGCCUGAAGCCUCACUGAACGAUCUCCUCCUCAACACGUCCUCUGUCCGACGGCCCUCUCUAACUCCCGUCAUGAACACCACACCCCGCGUUCUGGUGAUUGACUGCAUAACAGGCUUCAAACGUCAGCCGCCGACGCAGGAGACACCCACGUCACCCGUUCUUGAGCGUACCGCUAACGGUGCCAAUCUCGCCACGGCGAAUAUGCACCUCGAGUCACGGCGCCGUCAGUUUGGCAGUGACAUGGAGAUUCUAGUCCGAGCCUUUUGUGCGGAGAAGGGCUGGAAUGCCAUCAUCUCGAGGCGCAGGCGGGGGUGCCUCGCCUGCGCCAUCAGGGAGGCCGGCGCUCUGGCUUGGAAAGUCAUCAUUCGCGUUGACUAA